CUGUUUCAGCUGAAAUAGCGCGUCAUUCGAAUGACAGCUCAUGUUCAAAAUAACUGAAAGGCACAAGGACUCGAAAAUUUUCAGUUUUUGUUUAAUGGAAUAAAAAAUACAUAAUUCGAUUUGAUGUGUUUUUCAAUAAAUAUUCUACGCUGCAAAUAGAAAAUAUAAGAAUUCCCAUACGAAAUCACAAUGAAGACUAUCGCUCGCACGCCAUUGCGUCCACCAAAAACGCCACGUUGUCAAACCCAUCAUAAUGAGCGUAAAUCUGACCAUGAUCCCAAUAAGCCUCGUGAUCCUGUGCAUGUUUAUUGUCGCGUACGACCAUUGCAAUCGGAUGCGGAUUUGUCCUGUGUGCGGGUAAAAAACUCAACUACCGUGGUCUUAACGCCACCAGAUCAAGCCUUGCAACAUAAACAAGGAGCACAUCGUGAAAUGCAGUAUAUUUUCAAACAUGUCUUUGAACCACACAUUUCACAAAAUGAUGUAUUUAAUGCUGUAGCACAACCGUUGGUUGAGAAUUUAAUACGUGGGCGAAAUAGUCUACUAUUUACUUAUGGUGUCACUGGGAGCGGCAAGACGUACACAAUGACAGGAGAUUCUCGUCAUCGCGGUAUUAUGCCACGUUGUUUAGAUGCACUGUUCAAAACAAUAUCAGACUAUCAAGCAAAGAAAUAUAUUUUCAAACCUGACAAAUUAAACGGAUUUGAAAUAUUGUCUGAAGCAGACGCUCUACUUGAACGACAGGCAGAAAUGAAUAGGCGUUUUGCAGCGGGAGAGCGCAAUGCAUUACGGCGUAAAGAUUCUGAUCCUGAAAUAGCUUCACAAGCCUCAUGUGAUGCAGCCCCCUUACAGGGACUUGAAGAAGAUAAUAUGUUCGCAGUUUUUGUAACAUACAUUGAGAUUUAUAAUAAUAGUGUUUAUGAUCUGCUCGAAGAAGAUGCACCUCAGAAAACUUUGCAAAGCAAAAUUAUUCGAUCAGAUGCCAGUCACAACAUGUUUGUACACGGUGUCACUGAAAUAGAAAUAAAAUCAGUUGAGGAAGCUAUCGAGGCUUUCCAAUUCGGUCAGAAACGUAAGCGUAUGGGUCACACAGUGCUAAAUGCAGAAUCAAGUCGUAGUCAUUCUGUAUUUAAUAUACGUUUGGUACAAGCGCCAACUGAUUGUCAAGGAGAGCAUGUUGUACAAGAUAAACGCACUAUUGUAGUUAGUCAGCUAUCACUAGUCGACUUGGCAGGUAGCGAACGUUCAUCACGUACAAAAAAUACGGGAAUGCGUUUGCGCGAAGCCUCAAGCAUAAACAAUUCAUUAAUGACGCUACGAACAUGCCUGGAAUAUCUACGCGAGAAUCAACAGGCGCCUCUAAAUAGUGCACCCAAAAAGAUUCCAUACCGCGACUCAAAACUCACACAUAUGUUUAAAAACUACUUCGACGGCGAGGGACAAGUGUCGAUGAUUGUGUGUAUCAAUCCGCGCGGUGAGGAUUAUGACGAAAACACGCAAGUAAUGAAAUUUGCCGAGAUGACACAAGAGGUUCAGAUUGCUCGCGCCACGCCCAUCAAACCAGAUCUUGGCUUAACUCCCGGACGUCGAAAGGCAAACAAGCUCUUCAAAAUAGCGGUGAACAAUCUUAAUGACUUAGGGCAUACAGAAGCGAACAAACUGGAUGUGGAUAUUGGUUUGGUGUACUCAUUGGGACCCGGUUUUCCGGAUUACAAAAUCGAUAGUCCCGAAGCGCAGACUGCCAUACAAGAGUUGAUGCAGUAUUUAAUGCAGCGCAUAGAAAAACGAAAAAUUUUGUGCGCCGAUUUAGAGACUCGUUGUGAUAAUUUCAGAGGACAUUUGAUGCAAAUGGAGCGAGAGAAUUUACAGUUACGUACGGAAUUGGCAUCACUAAAAACUGUUUACAAACAAGAACGAGAUCGCAUGAUAGCCAUGGAGAAUAAAUUACGCGUACACGAGAGCUCAAUUGAUGAACUCAACAACAAAUUGGGUAAUCGUGAAAGACAGAUAGAUGAACUUACCAGAAAAUUAAGAGAUCAACAGAAUCUGCUCAAUCAAAAAGAACAGGAAAAAGAGAAACAAAAGAAGAAAUUCACUUCUAAAUUAGCGGUGGAGGUGGAUAAAAAAGAUCGUGAACUGGAGAUAAGAUUACGCGAACAGCGCGACAAAAUGCGCCAAAAGAUGCGCGUGCGCGAUGAAAAACUACGUCUCGUAUCCAAUAUUAUACAAUCGGAGGAUAUACCCAGUCUGGUGCGUCGCAAUAGCAAUGAUGAUAUUUUGGACAAUAAAAUGGCGAUUUCAGAGCCACCAUCAGCCACGCGUAGCGAAUCGACACAAGUGCAUAGCGCACGCACUGAAAUAUAUGCCACACCACGCCAUGUAAGGGGCAUGGCUGCAGCUAACAACAGACAUCGCCGUUCACGUUCGGCCGGCGAAAAGUGGAUCGAACAUCGUGCACAGAAUCCUGUGCCACUUGGUACUAUUCUACAACCGUAUCUAAAGAAUCGUAAAUCUGUAACGAAACUAACCGACGCCAAAGAGUUGACGAAUCACAAGAACACCAAAUACUGUCUUGUUUCACAAGAGGCCGACACUGACGGUGAUGUUGAGACCAAGCUCUACAAAGGCAAUGUUAUACCAACAUGUGGCGGUGGAGCACAAGUUGUAUUCGAUGAUGUGGAGUGUUUGAAGCAAAAGUCACCGGUGCCAUCGCCAAACCGCAAGCGUCCAAGUAAUGGUGGCGGUGCAACUCUUAGUGGUUUGGGUGGUGCAACCUCGUCGGCAAUGUCGGCGGCGGCGUUCAGUGGCGGCACAAAUGCUGCGCAAGAGUUAAUGUCGCGGUGUAGUGUUGGCAUCGAAGGUCAUAACAAUAAACGCACCAAAGUGUAGAAUGAUUAACCAAUCGUCCCUUGGUAACUACGAUAAUUAUGAUGACGAUAUACCAUCACUUUGUAUUAAAUUUAUUUUUUAAUUAUUAUUUUUAACAGUUACCACAGUGAAUAGUUUAAUCCCCCCCCUCAUAUAUUUGCAGAGAUAUUAUUUAGUUUCAAUAUAUUGUGGUAUUAAUGAUUCUAAUCGUUGUUUACUUAAUUAAUCUAACAAAAACUGGCUGAACGGUAUUUUCUUGUAUUUCUUUUUUGUUAUUACAUUUACUUUUAAACUUCGUAUUAUAUCACGAUAUUAUACAUAUUAUUUGUAACAAAAUAUAUACUCGUCAAACCAAUGUAUUUGCAAGCUUUUAAAACUGCAAGCAACGAAGUAUUUUGAAAUAGAAAAUAAAAAUGAAUUUAAAACAAAAUAAUGUAAUAUUAUUGGUGGUUUGGAAUACUAGAAAAUGUUUUCCUACAUGCACGGUCUUGUAUCUGUAUAUUUUAUAUGAUCGAAUUUGAUCCGGACUGCAAAAAAAAAAAAAAAACAUUUUCGCGAAUUUUUAUGAAAACCGUUACUAUCGUCUGAGUUACGGUAAUAUUAAGUUUGUAACGCACGGAAGGAAACAGCGGAUACCCUAUAAAAAAAAAAAUAUAUAUAUAGUAAUGAUCAGCGUGACGGGCUGCGCUGAUAUUUUUAUGCCUCUCUGUCUGUCUGUACAUAAAAAAAAAGUUGUACCAAUCUACGAAAGAUUUGUUUAUAAAUUCGGUUUGCACUGGGCAAAUAGACCAUUUCAAGUCAAACUUGAUCACAUGGCAGAUGCAGCCAAGAACUGUCACCUGAGCUGCAGCAUUCCCCUAAACAACAACUAAAGCCUUAUGCUGCUAACAAAAACAAUAAAUACGAGAAUUUCAAUCUUUGUAUAUUGAAUAAAACUGCAAACAUGUAUAUAUAUUUUGUUUACAUUUACUGUAUUUUAUUAAUCAAUUUAUGAAUUUAUUGCGAUUAUAGAUAUAUGUAUGUAUUUGUUUUGCAUUCCAUUAUAGUAUAUAUGCAAUUAAUUUGUUUUUAGAGGUUUUAGUAUAUUAAUUAUUGGAUGCUUUACACUAAUAGCUGAUACGCUUGCGCGCGCGCACAAAUCAAGCAAACAACAAGCAAGCGUCUGUGGCGUCCCAAACGAGUGGCGUCGUGAUGAAACGAUGAAAUAAUGAAUUGAUGAUCAAAUGCAUGCUUCGUCACUAUAUGAAACUAUAUUUAUUUGUAUUUAUAUGUAUGUAUAUAUGUACGCUUUAAUAUACUGAUUAUGUUUUGUGGUGAGAAGCCAACACGUUUUGUUGUUUGUUGUUGUUGUUUUUUUUUUUUUAUUUCGCUUCGCUUGUUGCUGCUGCUGUUGUUUUUAUGCGACGGCAAAAUUUUUGACCUGAACUUUUAAUGCAUUAUUUGUUUUUCAUUCUUUUCGCAUCGUUUUUGUUUUGUUUUGUUUUCUUAUGCUUUUUGUUAUACUUAAACUGAUACAGUAAUGUUAUUAAAAUAUAGAUUAGUUACUAAUAAAUCAGUCUAUAAUUAAAAUUUAAUAUUCAAUUGUUUGCUUCUCUUUUAUGCUUCACUUAAUAUAUGUAUUCUAUACGCACGCACACACGCAUACACACACACACACACACAGACAGUUACAGACAGACAGAUAAACAUGAAUGGGCUACGAGCGAACGAGCUUGCACAUGUCAUUCCACGUGACUUAUAAUAAACGAAUAUAAAAUAAGAUAAUAAUUUCAUUAAAAACCCAAAACUCGAAGGUUUUGCUUAUACUUAUCAAAACAAAUUUCAAAGGCUUAAUAGUCAUUUAUAUAUAUAUGUAGUAUGUAUAUACUCUAGCUAUCAUGCAUUGUGAGGCGUUGCCUAUGCAUGUGUGCGUUGCUACACAAAUUCACAAAUCUUAUACAUUCAAACUUAUGCUCGUGUGUACGGUUGUAUCUUCUUCGAUUCUUCGAUUACUAGCUGCGAUAGGUUUGCAUUUUUUUGUUCAAUUUGUUUAGCAUUUAGUUUGCUCUAUAUAUGUAAAUAUGCUUUCGGAUUUUCUUUGCAGAAAAUUUGUGUGAAAAUUCAUAUGCAUGGCAAUAUUCGUGGCAAAUAUACUUAUUUUAAAAUGUAACAAGCCAUAUUUGAAAUUAAUCAACUAAAGAUGCUGACAGCGUUGCCUUAAUAAGGUGUUGUGUUUGUUUCUUAAACGGACUAUAACAAUUGCGCGUUUGCUCUGAAUGCUAUGAACGAAGCUAACAAAUCGUGAAAAUACAAAUUAUUUUAAUAAUAAUAAUUGGAAAAAAAAAAAAA